CGUCGUUGUUUUAGGAAUAAAGGGGUCAAGCUUGAAAGUGAUGAUGAUGGUAGGUAGAUUCCAAAACUAGCCACAGAAAUCGCAGAAAGACGAUGGAGGAAGCCAAGGGACUGGUAAAGCACAUCUUCCUAGCCAAGUUCAAAGAAGGAAUCCCAUCCGACCAAAUUGAGAAACUGAUUAAGGGAUAUGCCAAUCUCGUCAAUCUCAUCGAACCCAUGAAGGCUUUUCAAUGGGGUACAGAUGUGAGCAUUGAGAACCUGCACCAAGGUUUCACUCACGUCUUUGAAUCUACCUUUGAAAGUACAGAAGGAGUUGCAGAGUAUGUAUCUCAUCCCGCCCAUGUUGAAUUUGCCAAUUUGUUCUUAGCUGCUGUGGAGAAAGUUAUCGUCAUUGACUACAAGCCCACUGCUCUUCGCCUUUAAACCGUGAGGCCAAGGAGACCGAGGGAGGAGAGAAAGCAAGCUUUUGUAUGAGAGCUGAGAGUUUCCAUACCCAAGCAACAGUUGAUGCAGAAGCUAUGGAUGAGGAUGAGGAAUGAGAUCAUUUAAGAACUUUGUGUAAUUCUGUUUGUGGAACUCUUUUGGAUGUGUGAAUGUUCAAUAAUGUGUUUAUUUACAUGUUUGAUUGAUAAUGACAGUAUGGUUUUACAUUGUA